AUGCUUUCACCAAGAAAAUUGUUGUGAGAUGUGAAGAUAAGCAGCCUUUCUAAUCGAAAGCGAUAUGCAAUUAAUGCUUUAAGUUUUAUAAUAAGGAUGUCGCUUUUUCCUGAAGAGUUAACAAGCACUUUUGAAGUUAAGGAUCAUCAAAAUUUUGGAACUUAUGGAGCUAUCUAUAGAGCUAUAAAGAGAAGCAAUCGAAAAAUGUACGCAAUGAAGGCUGUAGUCAGAGCUGACACAGGGUCAAGCUGGAAGGAUAUUGAAACUGAGAUGCAAGUACUCUCAUGGGUCAAUCCAUAUAAGCUUCACCUAGACUCCUUUUUCGUGAGCGGCAAUACUUUCUUCAUGGUCAUAGACUAUUGUCGAAAUGGCAACCUUCUUAAAGCCAUCGCUGACAAGAUUGAAGAUCAUGAGCUGUUUAAAGAAGACGAAAUCUGAAAAUAUUUUAUCCAGAUCUGCUUUGGGCUCGAGUCUUUGCGCUACAACGGAUUUAUUCAUCAAGAUCUUCAUCCACAAAAUAUCCUUUUAGACGAAAAUAAGGAUAUUAAAAUAGCAGAUUUUGGCAUUUCUUGCUCUUUACCGAUAAAAACAGUUCAGGGAGUUAUCAAUUACCAGUCUCCUGAGACUCAUUGUGGAGACAUCCAAGCUGAAGAAAGUGAUGUUUGGGCAGUUGGCUGCAUUUUAUAUCAUCUCUGCAACCUUGAGGAGCCUUUUGACCUUAAUGUAAAUAAAAUAGGAUAUGAGCCUCAUAAGCCAAUAAGAAGUGAAUAUUCCAAUGAAUUGAGGUAUUUUGUUGAUUGGUGCUUAAAAAAGCAGCAAACAGAGAGACCAAAAAUACUCGAUAUCUUAACUCAUGAGUUUAUAAUCAACAAAACUCUAAGUUUAGGCAUUACAAUCCCACAAACAUCUGCUAUUAAUGCAGCUAUUUGCCAAAUUCAACUUAAUAAAGAAAGGGAAAGAAAUGAGCAGCUUGAAAAUGAGCUAUCUAAAUAUAGAAAAGAGAGCAUGGUCCAAAAAACGGAAAUCGAGUGGCUUAAAGAAGAAAUAGCUCGCCUAGACAGCAUAAUAAAUGAGAGCAGCAAGAUUUUAAAAGGGUCUGAAAACGUAAAAGAUACAGAAAACGAGGAAAACUUGCUUAAUUCCCAAAUAAUUACCAUUACUAAUGAUCUCAGCGGUAAGCUAAAUGAAGCAGAGAGUGCUUUAAACGCUAUAGACACCUUAAGAAAUAAAAAAGCUGAGAUUUUGAGUAUGCCAAACAAUCCAGAAUUAGAGAUGGAUUUUAGAGCAACUUGCUCAGCAUAUCAGAGCAAUUCUAAUCUGUAUGAUCCACCACUAAUGCAAGCUUAUCAAGAUUAUCUUAAUGCUUAUCAGCAAAAGACAUCUCUUUAUAAUGUUACAGAAGAUGCUGAAAACAACAGAACUAAUUUAGUUAUUUACAACACUGAAACUGAAGUCCAAGAAGAAGUCAGAAUCUUGCAGACUCCAGAACUACUAAACUGAAACACUUGCAUAACUCAACUUCCAAAUGGUAAGCUAUUCUGUUUUGGUAGAGCUGUUUCAGUUUCUGGAAUCACACUGCUAAUUGAUGUGAAUGGUGGAGUCGAAGAGCUACCAUCUGGAACUCCUUGCUUUCACUCAUCAUGUCUCUAUUUUAACAAUAGCGUCUAUUGCUUUGGAGGAUAUAAUGGAAAAAAUUUAACUUUAUCAAGUAGAUUUGACUUGCAUCAAAAACGGUGAAUUCAAUUAACUCCAAUGCCAAGAGCUGAUUAUGCUUGCAGUAGUAUAGCAUUUAAUGGAAAUAUUUUGAUUUCUGGAUUGAUUAAUAAAAAUCUUUUGCUAUACUCAAUUGAUAUUAACUCUUUCUCGAUAAUUCCUUAUGAAUAUGCAGAUAAUAAAGUAAAGAUCCUUAUAAAUGCAGGGAGACUCUAUUUGAUUGAAUGCGAAAAUGGAUCAAUUUAUGAAAGCGAAAUUGCAAGUUACACGAAUUGGAAAAGAAUAGGAAACUCGAUAAUCGAUUAUAAUCCUUGUCAAGUGUAUUGUUCAUAUAAUAAAGGAUUUAUAUUCAUUGGUGCCGCAUCUGAUUAUUACAAGUUCGAUUUGAAUGGAAAAUUAAUCAGAAUACUUUAA